AUGGCACAGACGCAACAAGGCCGGCUGGCAGCCCUUGUGCCUGACGAUCUGGACAACGAUACCGACUCUUCUCUUGGCGAGGACAUUCUUUCGUCCACCACAAGCAUCUCCAGUUCGAUCCUCGACUAUCGCCGCGAAAAUGGCAGGACCUAUCAUGCAUACAAAGACGGGAAAUAUGUCCUUCCCAAUGACGAGGCAGAGAAUGAAAGAUUAGACCUCCAGCACAAUCUUUUUCUUCUUACUCUGGACGACAAGCUCGGUCUAGCUCCUCCGAAUGAACCUGAUUCCAAGGCCAAACACAUUUUGGACAUUGGAACUGGUACUGGAAUCUGGGCUAUUGAUUACGCUGAUGAACACCCAGAGGCACAGGUGGUCGGCGUUGAUCUAUCUCCUAUACAACCAGCCUUCGUGCCCCCGAACCUGACAUUCAUGAUUGAGGAUAUUGAAGACGAAUGGAACUACUCUCAGUCGUUUGAUUAUAUUCAUAGUCGGUUCAUGUCAUCAGCACUCGCAAGCUGGACCGACUUUCUCACCAAAUGCUACAAGUACGUUUCGGCUCUCACAUAUCAGUGCCGUGCUGACCUUUGCAGAAACCUCGCACCGGGUGGCUACAUGGAGAUUCAAGAAGCCGACCUGAAUCUCCAAUCCAACGAUGGUACUCUCAAGCCCGAUAACGUGAUGCUCAAAUCCCUCCGUCUCUUAACAGAAGCGUCGGUCAAGUUCGGUCGUCCGUACCAAGACAUUCCACCCCUCGCAGAUAUCAUGAAAGAAGUUGGCUUCGUCGAUGUUGUUGUCAAGCAGUUCAAGUGGCCUAUCAAUGGAUGGCCCAAGGACAAGAAGGACAAGCUAUUGGGAGAGUGGUCCUUAAUCAACAUGGCUAGCGGUCUCGAAGCGUUUACCAUGGCACCGCUGACGCGAGCUCAUGGCUGGACACCUGAGGAAACAAUGAUCACCAAUAAAUUGAACAAAGUCGCUAUUUUUGGUGCCUCUGGCAACUUUGGCGCCCCCAUCACAACUGCCCUCGCAAAGGCUGGCUUCGACGUCACCAUUGUCACGCGAGCUGAAUCCAAAUCUACAUUCCCAGAAGAAAUUCCCGUUAUUCGAACGGAGUACACUUAUGAUGCUCUUAUCAUGGCUUUGUCUGGCCAGGACGCAGCGGUAUGUGCUGUCGGACCAGCAGGCAUUCUCUCACAAGGCACCAUGAUCGACGCCGCUGAAGCCGCUGGCGUCAAACGCUUCAUAGUGGCUGACUUUGGCUGGGGUCCCAACUUUACCAGCUUUCCCGAGUUUGACGCUGUCAGAGCUCAACGAGCUGUUGGCUUCGAGCAUGCAAGGAAUCACGCAGCUGCAAACCCAAAUUUCACGUGGACCAGUAUCGCAAUAGGAAAUCCUAUUGAUUGGGCCUUGAAGCGCUUUCCAAUCAUGGGUUUUGAUAUCAAGAAUCAAUCAGCCAUCAUCUAUGACCAAGGCAAAGAGUACUUUACUGGAACAACACUUCAAGGUAUUGGAAAAUCUGUGGUUGGUGUUUUGCAAAAUCCAGCUGAGACAGCAAACCGUACUGUCAAAGUCGUGUCUAUCAAGACGUGUCAGAAUGAAUUAUUGGAAGCCUUUCAGAAUAAGACGGGAAGUCAGUGGGAGAUGCAGAGACGAACUACGCGUGAGCUCAUCGAAGGAGCGCGGGAUAAAAAGGAGAAUGGUGUUGGAGGAUGGAUUCUUGAUUUGGCUGUUGCACAAUUGUACGAUGACGGAAAGGCUCGCUGUCUUGUUGCGCCAUCGUGGGAGGAAUCUGAUUCUGGUUUGCUUGGUGUCAACGAGGAGACUGCUGAGAGCCUUGUUAAUUCGGCUGUAGCUAGUGUGUAG